UUUUACCCCUGCCGGACUAGGGUACAUCAUUUUCAGAAUAAUUCCUAUAUGUUGUACUCGGUGCAUGAGAAGUUGUACCGUACCAUUCAACGGAAAUUCACAAAUCCUAAUCAAGCAGGGAACGCGAGAGGUGAGUAUCGACGACGAGAUCGAUCGGAGAGAGAAUCCAUUGAAAAGAAAACGGCUUCGAUUCAAUCUUUGGAUUCAGAAUCUAAUUUUCGAAGAAAUAGCAGAGAAUGCCGAGAAAAAUUGUGAAGUAACAGCAAUGAUGGAAUCAGCAAUACGAGUUUGAGAGUGGUCGAUCGAACAAUACAGCUCAGAGUGUUUCGCGAUUAAUUUUUCAAUCGAAUUUCGAAGAGCUUCAAUAAGGUCAGUCCAAGAUUUUUACGAACUGUUAUUUCAUUUCAAAGUUCGAUAUUGUUGUAGUUAAUUCGACGUUCUUCGAAUUCGAACAUAUCGACAUGAAACUGAAGUUCAGUAAUCGAGCUCGAUUCUUCCAUUGAGGUGAUUGGCAUUUGUAUUAUUGUUCAAUUUCAGGUGAGGAUUUGUAACAUUUGUUUCAUUUUUUUAGGAUUAGUUCGAUAAACGAUUCGCUGGAAUUUACUGUGUUGAUUAAUUUAACAAUACUCUGAAGUUUGGGGGUUUUGGAGGGAGACAGAGAUUGUGAGAAAAUUUUAAGAUAUUUGGAGAUUGAAAUGAGCUCCGCCAUUGUUGAAGAGCUUUCAUCAUGUUUGGAAAGUGUUGUUUUACAGUAGUUGAAGAGGAAACCCUAAUUAGAGGUUAAGGUUGUCCGCCAUUGUUAUGUUAAAAUGGAUUAUUGAGGAGGAAGAAGAUAGAAGGUAUAGGAGAGAUCAUGCAGCCUCUGCAGCUUCAUUUUCGUCGUGGACGGAUCGAUCUUGUCGAAUUGAAAGUUUUAAUGGUGAAGAAACUCGGGCCAGAAGGAUCGAACCAUUACUUUUACUUUUUAAGUAUGUUCUUGAGCUUGAAGGUGAACAAGGUCGAAUUCAAUAGGAUCUGUCGCAGAAUCGUGGGACGGGAGAACAUUCCGCUUCACAAUCAUCUCAUUCGUUCGAUAAUCAGAAAUGUUUGUGGCGCGAAAGAUGUGCCUUUUCCAUGCAUGGUUGAUGUUUCGAAGCAGAAUGGAUUGUACAACUGUAUGAUGCUUCGUGAUAGGAGAAUCGGAGAUCGUCGUGGUAGUGGUCUUGCAACUCAAUCGAAUGGCGGUAAUGCUAAAUUGAAGAAUCGAGAUUUGCACUCGAAUCGUAUUGCUCGGGAAAUCCAAUCGGAGAAUGAAAAUUACGAUGUGGUAAGUAGCAAGAACGGAGGUGAUACGGUAGUUAGAGUUGUGGAAAACGAGGCUUUCGCCAAAAGUCCAAUUUCAGCUCCUUCUGGUGUUUGCUUUAUUUCCCGAGCACACCGUGAUCCACCCGAAACGAGUAACUUUAGAUCGACGAGGAUACUAAAUGAUGUUGCAUUGUCGGACAGUUUAACGCUAAGGGAACGGAUGGAACAAAUUGCCGUAACCGAGGGUCUUGAAGGGACGUCGGUGGAUUCAGCCGACGUAUUGAACUAUGGUUUAGACUUUUACAUGAAAAGAUUGAUCAAGUCGUGCGUUGACGUCGGGCAGCUUAGAUUGAAGAUGAAGCCGCACAAUAAUAUGAAACUUAUUAACGGUUUUCUUCAAAACGGUGAUGAGAAUACUCGAUGCCCGAUUUCUUCAAAGGACUUCAGAGUUUCUAUGGAGCUGAAUCGACGAAAACUUGGACAUCUUCACGAUCGGGGUUUGCAAUGAUGGGAAGAACCGAUGAUCGGAGGCAAUUCAGAUAAGAUCGAUUCAGAAAUCUUGUUGCAUUGCGGGAAUAAAUGGAGUUCGUUUAUCCAUCGAGGGAGAAGAAGAGUGGGAUUCGAUGAUGCAUUAGUCGUGUGAGUCGGGUGAUACUACGGGUGUUUAUAUGCAGAGCACAGACAAGACUGGAAACCUCGUAUGUCUCGACUUUGAGGGAUGGAGGCGCUCGUGCGCCGUGGCUGGACCACGCGAAGUUCCUCAAGAACCAUCUGGGCUUGCGCAUGGCGCUGCGGGGAGCUAUUUCUGGCUCGGUCCUCCUCAGCAUUUCCCACAUGAUUUGGACAUCCUCGUAGCCGCAGGUUUGGAUGUCGUCGUGGAGUUUAAGGAGCCCGGCGCCUGAAAACGAAAAAUAUAAAAAUAUCGAGAUUUUUUUUAGUUUCGGAACUAACGUAAAAAUACUCCCUUUUUCUAUUAAGUGUAUAUACUUUUAUUGUUUGCACGGUGGUUAAUGAGUUUUAUAAUUAGCAUAGUGUUGAUAGUACAGUAAUAUAUAGUCCCCCAUCCGUUUUAUA